AUGUCUAAAGCUAUCGGAAUCGAUUUGGGUACGACCUACUCCUGUGUCGCCCAUUUCUCCAACGACAGAGUGGAAAUCAUCGCCAACGACCAGGGUAACAGAACUACGCCAUCUUUCGUGGCGUUCACUGACUCUGAGCGUCUCAUCGGUGAUGCCGCUAAGAACCAGGCUGCUAUGAACCCUUCGAACACUGUUUUCGAUGCCAAGCGUCUUAUUGGCCGUAAGUUCUCGGACCCAGAAGUCCAGGGUGAUAUGAAGCACUUCCCAUUCAAGGUUAUUGACAAGGGCUCCAAGCCAGUUGUCGAAGUCGAAUUCAAGGGUGAGACCAAGGUGUUCUCCCCAGAAGAGAUUUCAUCUAUGAUCUUGACCAAGAUGAAGGAAACCGCCGAGUCUUACCUCGGAACCAAGGUCAAUGAUGCCGUUAUCACAGUGCCAGCCUACUUCAACGACUCGCAGCGUCAAGCCACCAAGGAUGCUGGUUUGAUUGCCGGUUUGAACGUCUUGCGUAUCAUUAACGAGCCAACUGCUGCCGCCAUCGCUUACGGUUUGGACAAGAAGGACACCGGAGCUGGUGAACACAACAUUCUCAUCUUUGACUUGGGUGGAGGAACUUUCGAUGUUUCUUUGUUGUCCAUUGAUGAGGGUGUCUUUGAGGUCAAGGCCACUGCCGGUGACACCCACUUGGGUGGUGAGGAUUUCGACAACAAGCUGGUGAACCACUUUGUUCAAGAAUUCAAGAGAAAGCACAAGAAGGACCUGACCUCCAACCAGAGAUCGCUCAGAAGACUGAGAACCGCCGCUGAGCGUGCCAAGAGAACUUUGUCCUCUUCCACGCAGACUUCGCUCGAGAUCGACUCUCUUUUCGAGGGUAUCGACUUCUACACCUCCAUCACCAGAGCCAGAUUCGAGGAGCUCUGUUCCGACCUGUUCAGAUCCACCUUGGAGCCAGUUGAGAAGGUGUUGAAGGACGCCAAGCUUGACAAGUCUCAGAUCCACGAGAUUGUUCUCGUUGGUGGUUCCACCAGAAUUCCAAAGGUCCAGAAGUUGGUUUCCGACUUUUUCAACGGAAAGGAGCCAAACAGAUCUAUCAACCCAGAUGAGGCUGUUGCCUACGGUGCCGCUGUCCAGGCCGCUAUCUUGACCGGUGACCAGUCCUCCAAGACUCAGGAUCUGUUGUUGUUGGAUGUUGCUCCUCUUUCUCUCGGAAUUGAGACCGCUGGUGGUGUUAUGACCAAGUUGAUCCCAAGAAACUCCACCAUCCCAGCCAGAAAGUCUGAGACCUUCUCCACCUACGCUGACAACCAGCCAGGUGUGCUGAUCCAGGUUUUCGAGGGUGAGCGUGCCAGAACAAAGGACAACAACCUGCUCGGUAAGUUCGAGCUUUCCGGAAUCCCACCAGCCCCAAGAGGUGUUCCUCAAAUUGAGGUCACCUUCGACAUUGACGCCAACGGAAUCUUGAACGUUUCCGCCGUUGAGAAGGGUACUGGUAAGACUCAAAAGAUCACAAUCACCAACGACAAGGGCAGACUCUCGAAGGAAGACAUCGAGAGAAUGGUCAACGAGGCCGAGAAGUUCAAGGAGGAGGAUGAGAAGGAAGCCUCUAGAAUUGCUGCUAAGAACAAGCUUGAGUCUUACGCUUACUCUUUGAAGAACAGCACUUCUGAGGAAGGUUUCAAGGACAAGGUUUCUGAGGAAGAGCUCACUACCUUGAACAAGGCCGUUGAGGAUGCCAUCAACUGGUUGGAUGAGUCCCAGGCUGCCUCCACCGAAGAGUACGAGGAGAAAGAGAAGGAGCUCCAGGGUGUUGCCAACCCAAUCAUGAUGAAGUUCUACGGUGCUGGUGGUGCUCCAGGUGGUGCUGCCCCAGGUGGCUUCCCAGGCGCCGACGGUGCUCCAGGUCCAGGCGGUGAUGGCCCAACCGUCGAGGAAGUCGAUUAG